UUCGGUUCGUUUUGUUAGCUACUGGCGAGCGACUGAAGCGUUCUGGUCGAGGCGCUGCUAGCUUCGUUGGUUCCGUCCGCGAAUCUGGGAUAGAGAAGCUCCAAAAAGAUGAUAAGCCGGCUUCGUGAGGCGCUCCAAGGGAUGGCCUUUCUUUGUUUGCAUGCACAAGCGCUCAUCUUGUUCCGGCUCUAAACGCUUCAAUGCCGUGCCAUCUGUAGGACCGGGAGCCAAGCGUGAGAGCUUUGCCGCUUGUCCGUACCUAGGGGCGCAUCGCAUCGCCUGUGCAGUCGAGAACGCAAUUGUCUUUGGCUACUCGGGAUUUAUAUUAUCCUCCUCUCCUCCAAUCUUCUCCUUGCUCGCUCCUGCGUUCCCUGCAAGCAAAAGCAAAAGAGUUACUCCACCAUGGACUUGUUGUCCUUGGCUCAGAUGCAGCAAAGGCCUGAGGAUCCAUAUUUACCUCCAGGCUUCCGGUUCCAUCCCACGGACGAAGAGCUGGUGUACUACCUGACCAGGAAAGUUCUCUUCAGUAGCUUUAGAAUCAGUGCAAUUGCCGAAGUUGACCUCAACAAGUGCGAGCCUUGGGAUCUGCCGACCAAAGCGAGCAUGGGAGAGAAGGAAUGGUACUUCUACACUCUAAGAGACCGGAAGUAUCCGACUGGAAUGAGGACCAACAGGGCCACUGAAGCUGGAUACUGGAAGGCAACCGGGAAGGACCGAAACAUAAACAGCUCUCGGACCUCCUGUCUGGUGGGUAUGAAGAAAACUCUUGUCUUCUAUAGGGGAAGAGCUCCAAAGGGGCUCAAGAGCAACUGGAUCAUGCACGAAUACCGCCUGGAAGGGGAAGCAAGUCAGUUUAAUCGAAACGCGAGGCUGCCUAAGGUGAGUCUCAAACUACCUCUCAGUUGGAAAAAGUGAUGCAUUCUCUCGAGUCUUUCUCCUCGUGUUCCCUGUUCUUUCUCCGGUCGGAAUCCAAUGACCAAAGCUGCUUUUCUUCAACUGCUCACAGGAUUCCGAAUGGGUGAUAUGUCGCGUUUUCCAGAAGUUCCCCGGCAGCAAAAAGGCGUUGAGGGAAUCCAGCAACCUCGCUAGGGACCCGCACUAUGUGAUAGCGGCUCAGCAAGUUCACACUUCACUGCCUCCGCUGCGAGACGACUCCCCUCACGUUACAGUCACCGAAGAAGCUGUUGCUGAUAGUAGCGAGACGAGCCAGAACGACCAGGUCCCAAGCUUCUCUGACACUUCCUUCCUCAAGGAGCAAAGGCAGAACGGCUGGCAGCCCCGAGUACAAGUCGCGGCUGCUGAUACUAAUCCAGACACAAUGCUGCACCACCCCUCUAUAGCAGCAGCAGCAGCACCGCCUGACAUUAGCGAAUUAAAGCUUCCAACUUGUUUCGCGGCUCAAGCCAACCUUGGCAGCUUACCAGCACUCGAAUCGUACACCUUCACCACCACCGGUAACUAUUCCAAGCCAAGGCCCGACUUCUCAACGUUUCACCACCUCCAAAACCAGCCCAGCCAACCUCUCGUCCCGGACAUCAACUCGCUCAAGGCUCUCGACCAGUUUUCACGGUCGCUGAGCGGUCCAUACUCGGUGGCCAAAGCUGGCAUACGGGCGUGCAAGGUGGAGCCCAAGUCCGCACCGCCGAUGCAUCAACCCGUAUACCAGCCCAUGGACGUAAACACCGCCGGAUGGUUGAACGAGAGUCACCCUCACUACCUUGCUCUGUGCACCACCACUCUUCAGCAAAACUUCCCCUCCGGAGCUUCGUUCUCUCUCACGGAUUCCGCUGGCACCGACGAAGUCCCACCGAAUCUCUACCGAGCGGUUGCUCCGUCUUCUUCGUCGGCGGAAAUGGACACGCUGUGGAGUUACUGACAGAGGCCUCUUGUCGACUUGAGAUUCGGACGGUAACAAACAACGCUCGCGUCGACCAGCGGAUGUCGAGAGCAGCGACGACGAUUCACAACCGACUGAAGUUCCAGGCUCCAACUGGACCGAAUGGAUCACUGUUAUGUAAGUACCUAUCACCGCAUCGAAUUUCCCGUUGUGAGUUCUGGACCGCAGAGGCUUGCUCAAGGAAAAAACAAGAAAAAAAAACAGUCCAAAGCACCUGGAUUUGCAGCAGCAACAAAACCGCUGUGUGUACCAUUGAGUGUAUUUUUCAUGUUUUGAGAGAAACCAACUUCUUUCCUAGUAA